AUGAUAUCAGUUGUUUUUAUAAAAUCGAGAAUAUCUAGAUUAAGUAGAAUAAAUAGUCGAAUAAAUUUUAAUAAAUUUAAUCAAAAAUGCUUCUACGAUACUUUAGAAACCAAUAGCAGAAGGGAUUCAUUUUACGAUAAUCGUCAAUUAAACGAUAUCCGUAGUCCAAGAAGGAAUUAUCCAUCAAAUUUUGACAGAGGACCAAAUUUUAAUAGAGGAUCAAAUUUCGAAAGGGGAUCAAAUUUUGAUAGAGGAUCAAAUUUCGAAAGGAGAUCAAAUUUUGAAAGAGGAAGACCGAAUAAUCGAGAAUGGAAUGAAAGUAAAGAUUUUUCAAGGAAAGAUAAUCGAGAAUGGAAUGAAAGUAAAGAUUUUUCAAAGAAAGAUAAUCGAGAAUGGAAUGAAAAUAGAAAUUUUUCAAAAAAAGAUUUUGGUAAAAAAAUAGAAAAUUUGGAUUUAGAAGAUUUAAAAAAAACUGAUAAAGUGGAUGAAAUAGGGAAAUUUAAAUCAGAUUUUGGUGAUUAUGAUGAUAAGACAUUACCGAAAAAAAUAAAAAGGAAAAAGAAAGAGAAAAUUGAACCACCUCCACCAAUUGAGAUACCAGGUUUUGUACGAAUUGAAGGAGCUAGACAGAAUAUGGUAGUUUAUUUUGAAGAACUAAGACGAGAUAAUCCAAAACGAAGAAAAUUUAGAUCAUUAAUGAUACAUGGGUUAAAACAUCUUCAAGAAAUGUUAAGAAGAGGAUUCGCUGUCAGAAGUAUUGGUAUCACAACGAAUGAUGGAAUAAAUUCACCGGAUGAACUUUUAGGAGGAUGUAAAGAAGUUUAUAAUAAUAAAGAGAAAUAUCCAGCAGAACGUUAUUAUGUGACUAGUGUUGAAUGGACACGUAAAAUUUUGGGUAAUGAUGCUAGAGUUGACGCACGAGAAGUAUGGGCAGAAUUACCAUUUCCAAAUAUUCAAUUUCCGGAAAAAAUCAAUAAAUUAUUGGUAUUAGAUCAUGUCGCUAGUCCGGUAGAUAUGGGAAUGUUAAUACGUUCAGCCAAAGCUUUACAUUGGGAUGCAAGUUAUUCGAUUGCAGGUACAGUUGAUUUAUACGAUGAUAAAGUCAUUCGAACAUCAAGUUGUGAAUCAGUGGAUUGGCCAUGGAAAAUAGGGUUUUGGCAAGACGUAUAUGAUAUAGCGAGACAAAAUAAUUUAACCUUAAUUAUUGCGGACACGUUACCUCAUAACAUAAUACCGACGAAAUCACCAAAUAACAUUUGUUUUUGGGAUCCCAUGACACAAGAGGUUGUCGAUAUGAUACCUUCAAAAAUAGCACUUGUACUUGGAAGUAAGAUGCAUGGAGUAACUUAUCGAGAUGCAAGAGAGGGUAUAAUACGCGUUUCAAUUCCAAUGUAUAAUAACGUAAAUUCAAUGAACGUUGGAAUGGCAGGAAAUAUUCUUAUGUAUGAACUUAAUCGUUUAAUGAAUUCAAAAGCAACAAAUGAAGACAAAAUUAAGUUAAUUCAAUAG